AUGGUUUUGAUCAUCGAUCAACUGGCGGCCGUAUUUGGGAGUCUACUGCUUUUUUUGACGGGUGAAGGCAACGGCGACAAAAAGCCUGCCUCGGUCGGUUAUGCCACAGGGGACAUUUGCGUCCAUGGAACGUGGGAAACGGGAAGGGGGACAUGUAAUUGCGCUUCUGGAUGGACCACCAACAAGGAGCAAGACAUACUCGCUGGUCCGUUCGUCUGGUGCAACGCCACGGCCCCACCGACCACAGAGGCCCCACCGAAUGGUUGGUCGGCAUCAGCACUCGGCGGUCUUUCGAGUGGCCUUCUCGUCAUCGCGCUCCUCGUUUUGCUUGGGCUUGCCUUCCUGUUUGCCUGCUGCUUCUGCUGCCGUCGCCGCAGCUGUGGCGAGCGUCAUUCCAGCGCAAACGUUCAAGGAGCCAACAAUCAACAGCAGCCACCCCUGGAGGUGUUUGGUGUGCCUUUUCAGCAAAACCAGCCGGUGUUCUCAACCACUCCGAGCAGCCCCAUGUACAUGAUGCCCUUGCCCAUGUACGCAAAUGCCACCGUGAGUGCACCAACCUCGCCCAUGUCCCACAGCGUGCAGGCCAGUUUCGGUCCAACCUUCUUGAACAAUGAGCCGUAUGGAACGCCACACAGUCAACAAAUGGACCCGCAGCAGGCGGUUCCUGGCUUCCACCUGAGCAUGAGCCGGCCGCCACAGCCGCUGUCCACAGAUGUUGGUGCUGGUGGUGGCAAUGCUCAUGAGGAGGGCGUGUCGGCUGCAGAGCGCGACCCCUCUGUAUUCACGAACGAUAAUUUUCAUCUGCCGAGGACACCACGGAGCGCCCUCUUCGCAGCGAAGCAAAAUGACGAUGGCCAUGCGAACGGCUAA